AUGUCGGCGCUCACCGAAAUCACAUCCGAGGCCGACUUCUCCUCGCACCUGGCCACACUCUCGCCCUCCGCGCUGGUCGUCCUCUACUUCUACACGCCAUGGGCCGCGCCCUGCGCGCAAAUGCGCACUGUUCUCUCCGCUCUUGCCUCGCAGUACCCCGCUACUGCCCCGCCGACCAUCUCGUUUGUUAGCAUCAACGCCGAAGAGCUGCCCGACAUCUCGGAGGAAUAUGACGUGUCUGCGGUGCCCUUCGUGGUUUGCCUUCGCAGCGGCCAGGUUCUUGAGUCUAUUAGCGGUUCCGACCCUAUCAAGGUCCGCGAUGCUCUCGAGCGACAUGCCGGCGGCUCUCCCGCAGACGGUGCCAACCGAUCCGCUAUUCCCCCGCCGCUCUCCGCCGUGCCCCGUGAGGAUGGUCCCGUGAUGGCUACGCAGUCGCCCUUCACUUCUGGUGCCCCCACUGGCCCCGGUGCCAAUGCUACCGCUGUCCCCGCCGCCCCGGCUCUUACCCCCGAACAGUCGAAGGAGGCUCUCGUCGCCCGCCUUACCGAAUUGGUUAAGGCUGCCCCUGUUAUGUUGUUCAUGAAGGGUACGCCUAGUUCACCUCAGUGCGGUUUCAGUCGGCAGUUGGUCGGUAUUCUGCGUGAGCGCAGCAUCAAGUAUGGUUUCUUCAAUAUCCUGGCCGAUGAAGAUGUCCGGCAGGGUCUGAAGGAGUUUGCCGACUGGCCCACAUUCCCCCAAUUAUGGGUUGACGGCGAGUUGGUUGGUGGGCUGGAUAUCGUCCGAGAGGAAAUCAACGCCGAUCCCGACUUCAUGGGGCAGUACUCGGUCAGCAAGCCCGUGGCUUAG